AGUAUUUAAACUGCACUGCCAAAGACUAACUUCAUCGGUUCAUCUCAGCUGAGAAUCCAGAUCAGAACAAACUGUUUCACUGCUGAAGAGAAGCUGUGUGAAGGAUGGCAAAGCUCGCUGUGUGUGUCUCCAUUCUACUGGUGGUGCUGGUGGCGCUGAGUGACAGCAGUCCCAUUUGCUGCACAGAGUACCAAGACACUCCAAUUCCAGUGAAAUUUAUGAAACACUACAGAAUGCAGGAGGUCACAGCUAACUGCAACAUCAAGGCAGUAAUUAUCAAGACAAAGAAAAACCGACUCUUCUGCGCUGAUCCGGAAAGAAAAUGGGUGAAAAUUGCCAUGCAGUCUAUCCCAGAAAAAUAGUGAGCAGCCUCUUCACUAACGAAGACCACCUGAGGAAAUCAAAACUGACUCUCCGACACACAAGAUGAAUUUAAUGUAUUAUUUCAAAGUCAAUUCAUCUACUAUUUUUGUACUACUCUAAAGGCAAUAAAUUGAAUAUUUUUUUAAAAUAA